UGCAGCGCGGUGUUUUUUAUUCUUGGGUGGGUUUCCUGGCUCUUGUAGUACAUACUUGCCUGGGCCACAGCAUUAAUCGACCUCAUAUAUAAGGUGCGGAGUUGUUCGCCCUGUGCCUAUACAUCAACAUACCUCUAUUCAUCAACGACAUCUGCCUCUCAUCCAAUCCAUCACCACACUCCAAUGUUCAGUAACUUUCACCUCAGCUAUCAAUGGCUCUACUACAGCCGGCCAUCGGGUCCUCCCUCGCCCAUUCCCGAAGGUCUCGAGCGACACUGGCUCGACACUGCCCAGGGCACACUUGAGAUCCUCUCCGCGAAGCCCUCAACGCCCGCCACCGGCCCGCCCGUCUUCUUCUGCCAUGGCGGCAUGGGCGGCGCCUGGGUCUGGACUGAGUACAUGCAGUAUCUCGCCGCCCGCGGGGUCCCUUGCUAUGCCGUCUCCCUACGUGGUCACGGCGACUCGUGGUACCCGUCGUACAUGCGUAUGAUGUUUGCAACCUCCCGUCGCGUACUGAGCGAUGACCUUGUCGUCGCCAUUGAGUGGGUGCAGGCGCGCGAGAACAGCGAGGUCGUACUUGUCGGCCAUUCAAGCGGCGGCGGACUCAGCCAGGGCAUCUUGUCGGAGGGUAGGGUAAAUGUCAAGGGAUUGGCCUUGUUAGGUGCGGUGCCGGCCUAUGGAUCGAUGGGCGUCUACAUGAACUGGGCCAAGCUCGAUCCGUGGUUCACAAUCCGUCUCAUUUUCCAUGGCUGGCACUCCAACUCGCCUCUCUCACACCCGGCCCUCACCCACCGAGCCUUCUUUGGCGACAGCUUCCCCCUCUCGGCCGUGAUUCCCUUCCAGCGCCGCAUGAACCGAUAUGAGAGCUACGGCUGGCCGUUCAGCAUGAUGAGGCCGUUCGCGUCGGCGAGCUCGAUUCUGCGACACAUUCACAACGGCGGUGCCAGCGGGACCAAGCUGCUUGUGAUGGCAGGCUCGCAGGACAAGCUCAUGAAUGCACAGGUGACACAGGAGACGGCAGCGUUUUAUCAAGCGGCGGCGGAUCCGGAAAGCGAAGGAGUGCGGAUGGAGAUUGUGGAGGGCGCGGGACACCACUUGCAGAAUGAUGUGCAGUGGGAAGAUGGCGCGGAGAAGCUGCUUUCUUUCUACAAGGGAAUUUCGUGAUACAAGGGUGAAGAAGCUGUGUCAAAUAUGCUUGAAAGGAUUGGGUCUCGGGAUGCUUGUGAUUCUUCCGAGAGGAGCUCCUCUGACGGGUUUUGGUGUUUAGGGUAAGCGGCGUUGCGAUGCGAUUGUAAACUAUUGUAUGUUUAGAUGGUUGGCUGGAAUGAUAUCCCUUCUCAUGUUA